ACUAAUCUUUCACAUAUAACAAAACCUUCAUAUAGACAUCCACUUUUGUUUGUUAACAAAAUGGCCUCUUUGAAGCUUUCUUUAGUUACUCUUUUCAUCUUUGCGAUGAUCUCUUCCCCCGCAACCUUGCUGCUUUGCGAAGCAGCAACUGAGCCGGCACCAGGCCCAGGAGGACCAGCUCCAACGCUGCUACCACAUCCAAGAAUUCCCAUUCCCGUAUGCCCAAGAUGCAAGUGUUGUGCGCCUCCUCCAGCUCCAGGCAAAUGCUGCCCUUGCUUCUGCCCUCAACCUGGCCCUCCUCCUGCUCAGCCUCCGGCUUACUAAAUUUACUCCUACACACACAUAUGAUUAUAUAUUAUUGUCAUGUUUUAUCUAAUGUUAUAUAUAUAUAGAUAUAUAAUUAAAUGUAGUGUUCAAUCUGCAAG